GUUGUUUUGGAAAACGGUGAAAAAUGUGCCUUCAGCUCGGUUCCCAUUUGAUAUUGGGAUUUCUAGUUUUGGUGGCCGCAUUCAGAUCGGAAAAUUGGCCACCCAAAGCACUAAUCGAGCAUAUGGAUAUACCAGCAAUAGUGAAAUAUUGCUUGGAUCAAUGCCCUGGAUCUACUAAAGCAGAAAUGGAACUGUUUGAGAAAACGACCGAUUUACAAAAUUUGCCAAACAGCCGUGAACUCAAGUGUUAUAUGCAUUGUUGUUUGGUUGAGUCCAGAACGAUUUUGCCAAAUUCAACUCGACUUAAUAUGGAAAAUAUGAUGGUUGUAAUGGAAAAAUUGAGGAAAGAGGAUGUAGAUAUUUUAUUACGCUUGUCAAGGGGAUGUAUAAAACGCACCAUGAACGUCCGAGAUCCAUGGGAAUACGCUUAUAUUUUGAAUACUUGUGCAAAAUUGAACGAUAACGAGCAUUACUACUUCAUCUACUAGCGCCUUAAUUCUUCUUUAAAGCAUCACCGCGAAUCCCAUUUAAAAAAAAGCGCGUCGGUG